AUGACCACCAGCGUCAGGCAAUAUUCCUCGUCUACAUCCCUGAAGGGGUUAGGUGGAUUAAGUGGAUUAGGAGGUGGCUCCACACGGGUUUCCUCUGUGAAUCUUGGAGGUCCCUACAGAGCCCCAAGUAUUCAUGGGGGAUCUGGUGGCUUUUCUGUCUCCUCUUCUAGGUAUGUCUCUGGAGUAGGAAGUAGCCUGGGUGGUGGCUAUGGGGGGAGCUACAGUAGUAGCUUUGGAGGUGGCUAUGGGGGUGGCCUUGGAGGUGGCUAUGGGGGUUGCCUUGGUGGUGGCCUUGGAGGUGGCUAUGGGGUUGGCUUUGGAGGUGGCUUUGGUGGUGGUGAUGGCAUUCUCCCUGCGGGUGAGAAGGAAACUAUGCAGAACCUGAACGACCGCCUAGCUUCCUACCUGGACAAGGUGCGUGCUCUGGAGGAGGCCAAUUCUGAUCUGGAGAUUAAGAUCAAGGAGUGGUAUAAGAAGCAGGGACCCAGUCCUGACCGUGACUACAGCCCAUAUUACAGGACAAUUGAAGACCUGAGGAGCAAGAUCCUUUCUGCCACUGUCGACAAUGCUAGCCUCCUCUUGCAGAUCGACAACGCUAGGCUGACGGCCGAUGACUUCAGAACCAAGUUUGAGACGGAGCAGGCGCUGCGCAUGAGUGUGGAGGCUGACAUCAACGGCCUGCGGAGAGUCCUGGACGAGCUGACCCUGGCCAGAGCUGACCUGGAGAUGCAGAUCGAAAACCUGAAGGAAGAGCUGGCUUAUCUCAAGAAGAACCAUGAGGAGGAAAUGAAGAUACUACGGAGCCAGCUGGGCGGAGAUAUCACUGUGGAGAUGGACGCCGCUCCUGGGGUUGACCUGACCAAGAUCCUGGCCGACAUGAGAGAGCAGUAUGAGAGCUUGGCAGAGAAGAACCGUAAAGAGGCCGAGCAGUGGUUCUACACCCAGACAGAACAGCUGAACCGAGAAGUAGCCAUGAACACGGAACAGUUGCAGAGCGGCAAGUCGGAGAUCACAGAACUAAGACGCACUGUCCAGGGCCUGGAGAUAGAGCUGCAGUCCCAGCUCAGCAUGAAAGCUGCUCUGGAAGGCACCUUGGCGGAGACAGAAGCUCGCUAUGGCACCCAGUUGGCACAGCUCCAGGCCCUGAUCACUAGCGUGGAGGAGCAGCUGGCCGAGCUCCGAUGUGACAUGGAGCGCCAGAACCACGAGUACAAGAUUCUCGUGGACGUUAAGACGCGCCUGGAGCAAGAGAUUGCCACGUAUCGCCGCCUGCUGGAGGGCGAGGAUGCCCACAUUGCCUCCCAGUACGCUUUAGCAAAAGAAGCGUCAAUGACCACCCGACAAGUCCGUACAAUUGUUGAGGAAGUCCAAGAUGGAAAAGUGAUUUCUUCCCGCGAGCAGGUCCAUCAUUCCUCCCGCUAAGACUACACACCACUCCACAGGCUCCAGUCCUGAGCACCUUAGAUACAUCAAUGUAGAGAUUGUCACAGCAAAGGAAAGAAGACUCCAGUCCAUGUGCUGUAGAUGUGUAAUACUGUCACCAAGGCUGUGUAGGACUGGGCUCCAUUCGUGUGUUCCUUCCCUUUACA